AUGCUACGAGGCGCAUGCUCGACCGCAGUCAAAAAUCUAGUAUCAGGCAUCAACGACAACAUUGCCGUCCAAAAGAAUGAGCAAUCUCAAACCACUAUCAUACAGAAAAUCCUCUCCGCAAAUACCACUGACGAUGGCAAUUUCCAAACCGCCAAAUCCAAGCUUGUCACAAUUGUAAACCAGGGAAUCACGAUCCGUCAAAACAAUCAAAAGAUUGCCCCAUCGGGGAAUGCUGCAAUUGCAGGACUUGCCACAGUUGCCACGGCACAGAAGGGAGAGCUAAAGCUGGCUCAAGGAUUAACGGGAACGCCUGAUAUAGAUAAUCCGAAUCUCUCAAAUUUGCAGACAAUGUUCUCAGGUGGAAUCAAACAAAAUCAGCAGAAUGCUAAGGAUGUGGGUUUUCAAUUCUAUUUCAUUGUACUUUGCUAA